CAUGCGGAACAAUGUACGAAAUUCUUUGUGCUUAGCUACCGUAGGUACUUUAUAUGAAGGUUCGAAGGAAAGAGAUGCAACACAAUCCAAUAGGUAAGUAUUAGUACGAUUAACGAAACUUAACAUGUAUUUAUUUACAGGUAGUGUGAUCGCGCGUUUAUCUGGUGCUAUAUUCUAUGGAAAUGCUUUAUUUUCGCAAAUACUAACAUGGAAUUUCAUAACAUCUUGGCAAGACUUAAGUUAUCAUUGGGCGAGAUCCGAAAGAGCAUUUCCUUUAUUGCAAGAUGAUACCAUACGGAAAAAGAUGAUCAUUACAACAAGUGUUGUUUCCGCUUGCGCUUUUUUGGAACACGUAUUAAGUAUGAUGGCAGCGACAGGUUUUGAUUGCCCACCCGAGGAAUAUUUUGAACGAUACAUUUUGAGCUCACAUGGUUUUUUGCUUAAUUCAUAUGAAUACCGUUUGUACUUGGGAGUACCCAUAUUCUUACUAAGUAAAUUUGCCACUAUCAUGUGGAAUUUUCAGGAUUUGAUCAUCAUUCUUGUUAGUAUGGGGUUGACUUCAAAGUAUCGCAGAUUGAAUUGGAGAACGUAUUGUAUUAUAAAAACAGUAAAACACAAUAAAUACAACCAAAGCAUUAAGAAGCAAGUGCAAACGUGGCGCCGGCUUAGGCAGGCGUACGUCCAGCAGGCGGCACUGGUGCGCAGGGUUGGCGAUAAACUGAGCGCUUUGAUCCUGCUUUCAAAUUUGAACAAUUUGUAUUUCAUUUGCUUGCAACUUUUUCUUGGGAUAAACAACGAACAAGGACCACCGAUAAAUAGGAUUUACUAUAUGUUAUCUCUAAGUUGGUUAAUAUCAAGAGCCUGCGGUGUAGUCCUAGCAGCGGCCGAUAUUCAGAUACAUUCACAAAGCGUCUUACCUCUUCUGCAAACAACGUGCCACGGAUGCAAUGUUGAGGUUGACAGGCUGAAAACUCAGCUGAAGUUUGAUUGGGUGGCGUUGCAAGGAAUGGGACUAUUUUCUCUAGAUAGAACGCUAUUACUGAAAGUGGCGGCUGCUAUUAUUAAAUACGAAUUAAUAUUAAUUAUGUUUGAUAAUUAG